AUGCCUCUCGUCAAGCUCGAGAACAAUCGGUCAGCUUGGAACGACGUCAAAGAUGCAGCAGACAUACUCUGGAGGGUCUCUCUUGACUCUGACAUCAGCGCGAUUCAGACCGCACUGAGAAAUCACUAUUCCGACCCCAACCUAACAGCUCAGGACCUCUUCACAGGAAUCAAUAACUCACGCAGGGCAGUUGUCAUCUGCACUGGCCAAAAGAUCACCGUUGCCUUCGAAGGCUCACAUCCAGAGGAAUGGUACAAGAACAUGUGGACCGAUGGUAAAGGACGCCAGUGGUGGGAAUUUGCAUACCCACCAAAGCAGAUCAUCAUUACAGGAUUCUCCAUGGGUGGAGGCGUUUCGAUGCGAGCAUCAUUCACCGAGAUCCUAGAGCACAUUCGCAAGACCUACGGCUCCACGUCCCCUGCCGCUCAAACCUGGGCCUCAGAUGAAAAACUCGGAAACCUCAUCCAGCACAUCACAUUCGCUGCCGUCGCAGCUGGAGAUCGUGGCCACUACACCCUGCUCAACAGACUCUAUGAACAGUACUGCAUUCGCGCUUGGGACUUCAUGAACCACAGAGAUUUGACCCAACACAUCCACCAUUUCGCAUUUCGAUCUUGGAGAGGAUACCGGUAUAUACUUCCGGAAGCUGUGGUUGGACACUUCCAUGCUGAGUUUGGCGACCAAGGGCAUUGCAUACUGGGGUACUUGAAGGCUGCGGAAUGGAUGCUUGCGCAUGGGACGGAUCAGGUGAAGAGUGCGUGGGAAUACGACUGA